UGUGAGGAGAGAAGAAAGAAAAUGGAUGGGCUUAGCCAUAUCGGUCUCCCUGUUCUGGGAAUCCUCGCAGUCUCCGUUGUCACGUUCUACGCCGUCAGCUUCGCUGAGAUCAGAGAGAAAUCGUUUAAAGAUUUGUACGACUCGGAGAAUGGAGAGGGAGCAGGGUUCAAGACUUCACUAAGUUCCAGAGAGAGGAGACUGAAAAGAGAAGCAAAUAAAAAACGUCCUCGUUCUUGAAACCCAGGGUGAUGAUUCCUGUUCCAUUACGUAAUCAUGUUCUAUAAUCACAAUUCUCUGUUUCAGCAGUGGUCUAUGUAUUUCGUUUUCAAGUUCGAGUGCACUAAAUUCUAUGAGUCAUUCUGGUCCGUGGGUUGGUUAGCCCCGUACCGUACCGAACCAUAUAGUCCAGUCUCUGGCCGUCGCUAGUUUAGCCAUUAACCACAAGUUCAUGUAGCUGCAAGCCUGCAAAGUCGCUAUCUCAGAAACUGUUUUUGACUUUUAAAAACAAUAUCUACUCAUGUCUCUGUAUCUUUGGUUUGCUCAGAUCACAUUCACAUAGUGAGAAGUCUUAUUGUUGU